GCGCUUCAACCCAUCCAUCUCUGAUCUUGUGCACCUUGAGUAGCUUGUCGUCUUCGCGUCAUCACUCCCCUCCCCCUCAUAAGUCAGCUCCAUAGUACGCGGGCUUCGCUCUUCCAGAUCCUUCUAGGGGUGCAACCAACAUCAGUUAUAAUUUACUGGUCCCAUACCGUCGAUAAUUCAAUCAACCGCCAUGCCGCUGGACGUCGACAUGACCCGUCGCAACACAGAGCCCCGGCCGCUAAAGGAUAGUGAGCAGGCGCGACUCAAGGAGUUCAUUGAGAAUAUCCAUUACUCGGCUCGCUAUUCAGAUGACGAAUACGAGUACCGACACGUGCAGCUUCCCAAGGCCAUGCUCAAGGCGAUUCCGAAGGAAUAUCACGACACAUCCAAGGGUACUCUAAAGUUGCUAUGGGAGGACGAGUGGCGCGCAAUGGGUAUUACUCAGAGCCUGGGUUGGGAGCAUUAUGAAGUACACGAGCCCGAGCCACAUAUCCUUCUUUUUAAGCGCCCGCUUAACUUCCAGCCGUCGUAACGGCUUGUGCAACGACACACUUGCGAGGCAACGGCUUCCGUGACGCCUUCUUCGAAUACUUCUAUCUACCCUCU